UUCGACUGUAGUGGUUGGCUCUAUAACUGGGACUGCUUAUGCGCAAAACAGAAGAUGAUGAAGCUAUAUUAGCAACUCUUCAGAAAAUAAAAUUUUCUUCGCGGUACCACCGCUCCGUACCGACAGCUCCGAGCAAAUGGUACCGGGCGGUUCCGAAGCGAAUUGCCUGACAUUGACCCCUCGAUACUACAGCGGCCCCAGCAGGUGGACCCGCCACCACCAACUGUCCCCCAUCAGCUCCACACCUCACGUGACACCGCUGGCCAACUCCCUGGUUGCCUGGGUGAUCGUGCUCGUCAUGGCUACUGCCCCUAAUCCCUUCCAGAGGGUUCUGUCGCCCGCACCGCACGUGAAAUGCUCGUCCCAGCAUAUCCUGGCGGGAGCUGCCAGGGCCGAAAAACCGCUGGGCCCGCGCACCACGACUCAGCAACCAUCUCCAGCAACUCGUAGGGACACCUCCCGCCAGCCACUGCCACCGGAGGGCCUCAUUCCGCGGCAACCAUGCCAGCACCCCCACGCCUGUAGAAACCGGCAGAACCUGGUAGAAUACCCCCAGCCCCUCUAUAUCUGCCUCUAUCUCUGGCUCUGUUCUGGCACUCAUCCCUGGCUCUGGCCUUAUCGUGCGUCUAACGUUUUUUCUCAAUCCCAGGCCCAAAUCACCACCAUAUGUUAGCCAAAUUGUGACUGAGUUUUUACACCUAUUCCUGGCCCAGCAGCUCUAGUCCCGACCCCCGCUGAACCCAUCGUCCCGAUACCCCCGACAGCACCCACUGCUGCCAGCACCACCAGCACCACCACCCAUUCAGAGACUCCGAUAUUCCCGAUAUUCCCGAGAUCACCACCAAUCCACCAACAUGACCACCACCGUCCCAUUGAUAUACUCGUUCACCGAGUUCGUGGGCGUCGCCGACGCAGUGGCUGACCAUGUGAUCAGCGCCC